AAAUCAAAGCACCGUAGCACACAAUGAACGUGGUCCACCUGAUAACCAGCGCCAACUCCUCGGUUCCCUCUCUCCCGAAACCCUAAAACCUACUGUAAUUGCAUUCUCUCUUCGAUCAUAUUCAUGGCGUUCUCUGCAGUUGUUCACUUGUCCUCCUCUUCAUCAAUGUUCACUCUCUCUUUCAGAGCCUGCCGAUCUUCCUCCCUCUCUCAAAUUGCUUACCCGCCGAAACCCCUCGUAGUAGUCAAGGCUUCGACUUCUCUGGAUUAUGGAAGCGCAUCUGUUGCCGAUAAGACGACUACUUCUAUGAAGACAGAUAUGUGGCAGUGGCAAUUCAAGGAUACUCCUAUCAAUGUUUAUUAUGAGGAACAUGAGAAGGAGAGCACUGGUCCUACUAAAAAUAUUCUUAUGAUGCCAACUAUAUCUGAUGUUAGUACUGCUGAAGAAUGGAGAUCAGUGGCUAAAGACAUUAUUCAACGAGUUGGUAAAGUUAAUUGGCGGACAAUUAUUGUUGAUUGGCCUGGUUUGGGCUACUCUGAUAGACCAAAGCUAGAUUACAAUGCUGAUGUCAUGGAGAAAUUCCUUGUUGACUUUAUCAAUGCGCCCAAUGGUCCAGUAAGCUGCACAGAUAAGGACUUGGUGGUUGUAGGAGGAGGGCAUGCAGCCACAAUAACUAUUCGGGCUGCGAAAAAGGGUUUAGUGAUGCCAUCUGCCAUUGCUGCCGUUGCACCCACCUGGGCUGGUCCCCUCCCUAUUGUAUUUGGUCGAGAUUCCAACAUGGAAUCAAGAUAUGGACUGCUUCGAGGAAGUUUAAGGGCUCCUGCUGUAGGCUGGAUGAUGUACAAUGUGCUUGUCAGCAAUGAGAAGGCAAUCCAAUCGCAGUACCAAUCUCAUGUAUAUGCCGAUCCCAAAAAUGUGACAGCCACCAUUGUUCAAAGCAGAUAUGCUCUUACCAAACGGAGAGGUGCCCGCUACGUACCAGCUGCUUUCUUGACUGGCCUACUGGACCCGGUGAAGAGCCGAGAGGAGUUUGUGGAACUCUUUGCAGGAUUGGAUGGGAGAACAGCCGUCCUAGUUGUGUCCACGGCGAGUUCUCCCAAGCGAUCGAAAGCAGAGAUGGAAGCUCUGAGGGACGUGAAGGGGGUGAGCAAGUUUGUUGAGGUCCCAGGUGCUCUCCUCCCACAGGAAGAGUAUCCAAAUGAUGUUGCAGAGGAGCUGUACAGGUUCUUGCAGGAGAAUUUUGAGUUGAAAGCUUAAUUGGAAGAGGAAGAGAGAGAGAGAGAGAGAGAGAGUAAAUAUUUCUCACUGUCAAUGUUUUCUUUGACAAACGAGAGUGUGGUUGGAUUUUGUUGAUAGUUUUAGCGUUUAUUGUUUGUGUACAAUUAUAAUACGAUACAAUACACCACCUGAUAAAGAGUGAUGGUAAAUGGAUGCAGUUUGAGCAACAACAUGCUUGGGGAGGCAAGCUUUUAUUGCUAAGGUUUGUCAGCGUUUAGACCCCUAUCGAUGAGGGGGUUUAGAACAAAACUUUAUUGUUAAGGUUCAAUAAAGGUUUUUUUUCACUUUAA